CUUUAUUCACUCCUGACGGCUCCUGUGACUGUUGAUGGCCCUGCUCCAGUGAUUUGGGACCUGAGCCUGGAUAAUAAGUGGUCUUCCUAAAACUGCACAGAAAUGCCUGUUCAUGACUGGUUAUUUUCGCUUCGCUCAAACUGGAGACUUAAAUUUUCAGAAUCUGAGAGUUGUCGAAGCCUCCUGCCAUCUCUGCCUCUGUCAACACCUUCUCUGCUGGGUUUAGGGGCUUUGGCCUCAGUCACUGCGUACUGGUUAGUGACCCGACCCCGGCCCAUGCUCCCCAUAGUGGAUCUACAGGCCCAGUCUGUAGCUGUCAAUGGAGAUCCCUCCUGCAGAAGGUCAGCUCUUCUCAAGGAUGACAAGCUGCUGGACUUUUACUUUGAGGACACUAAAACGUGGUAUGACAUGUUUCAAAGAGGCCUCAGAAUCUCAGACGGUGGCCCUUGUCUUGGCUACAGAAAACCUGGACAGCCAUAUGAGUGGAUCUCCUACAUUGAGGUGGCAGAGCAGGCACAGCUUCUGGGCUCUGGGCUUUUGGCCAAAGGGUGCCGGCCCAACUCCAGUCAGUUUGUCGGGAUAUUUGCACAGAACAGACCAGAGUGGACAAUCUCAGAACUGGCCUGUUACACUUAUUCAAUGGUAGUUGUGCCUCUCUAUGAAACUCUGGGGCAGGAGGCAAUGGUGCAUAUCCUUGAUCUGGCUGAGAUUUCAUUGGUGAUUUGUGAUCGCGAGGAAAAGGCAGUGUCACUUUUGGAGAACAAGGAGAGAGGCGUGAUACCUAAACUGUCCUGCCUGAUCCUCUUCAAUGAUUUUAGUGAUGCCUUUUUGGAGCGAGCCAAGAAAUGUGAUGUGGAAGUGCUUAAGUACACACAGCUCAUAGAACUGGGGAGAGAGAACCUCCGAGAUCCUGUGCCGCCCAAGCCUGAGGAUCUGGCAGUAGUUUGCUUCACCAGCGGCACCACAGGAAAACCUAAGGGAGCCAUGCUCACCCACGGCAACAUCGCCUCCAACACUUCCUCUGUUAUUAAAAUCCUGGAGGGCUAUUUUGUGAUUCGACAAGAUGAUGUGUCAAUUUCCUAUUUACCCCUCGCCCAUAUGUUUGAGAGGAUGAUCCAGGUUUCCAUGUUCUGUCAUGGGGCUCGUGUUGGAUUCUACCAAGGCGACAUUUCUCUCCUUAUGGACGACAUCAAAACUCUCAAGCCAACCUUCUUCCCUGUGGUACCUCGUUUACUUAAUCGGAUAUAUGACAAGAUCCAAGGUUCAGUGACCUCUCCUUUGCGUCGAGCUUUGUUGAAUUAUGCUGUAAGAAAGAAGCUAGCAGAGCUCAGCAGUGGAAUUGUAAGCAACAACAGUCUCUGGGACAUGCUAGUGUUCAAGAAGAUUCAGGCUACUCUUGGUGGUAAUCUCCGAUUUGCCCUUACUGCAUCGGCCCCCAUCUCCCCCACUGUGCUGUCAUUCCUGCGAGCCACUCUGGGCUGCCUCAUAUUCGAAGGCUAUGGUCAGACUGAGUGCACCGCCGGCUGCACUUUCUCUAUGCCAGGAGACUGGAAAGCAGGUCAUGUUGGUGCGCCAUUGCCUGGUUCCCUGGUUAAAGUGGUGGAUAUUCCUGAAAUGAACUAUUUCGCCAAGAAUGGAGAAGGAGAGAUCUGCACAAGAGGCCCAAGUGUCUUCAAGGGCUACUUGAAGGACCCAGAGAGAACAGCUGAGGCAUUGGAUAGUGAUGGCUGGCUUCACACUGGAGACGUGGGCCAGUGGCUUCCUAAUGGUACUUUACGCAUUAUUGACAGGAAAAAGCACAUUUUUAAGUUGUCCCAAGGGGAAUAUAUUGCUCCAGAGAAGAUAGAAAACGUCUACAUGCGCAGUGUUCCUGUCCUCCAAGUUUUUGUGCAUGGAGACAGUUUGGAAUCAUACCUUAUAGGAAUAGUGGUGCCUGACCCAGAGGUGUUUGUUGACUGGGCCAAAGGGCGAGGCUUUGUGGGCUCUUACCAAGAGUUAUGCCAGAACCCUGAUGUUAAGAAUGCCGUGCUGGAAGACAUGAAAGCUGUUGGAAAAGAAGCAGGGUUGAAGUCAUUUGAGCAGGUGAAGGAUCUGUAUUUGCACCCAGAGAUGUUCAGCAUCGCCAAUGGCCUCCUCACACCAACACUUAAAAGCAGACGCACAGACAUCCGCAGAAUUUUUCAAGAGCAGCUUUCAGCCAUGUACAGUAAGACUGGAAUCAAGAGUUAAAACUAACUCUAAUAAUGUAUUAUUCACCCAUCUGAGCCUUAACUCAUCUGUGAGGGUAUAUGUACUUUUGGCUCAUGUUUCUGCACCUUUCAGAUGAUGAUGUCCUUUUAUAUAAGAGAUCAGAAAUCUGGGCAUCUACUUGCCUGACGUGACACUAAUUUAAAAUGUAACAUUUUACAAAAAUUGCUGAAAGUACCAAGCACAACACUGUAACACUUUCCUACCAAGUGCAUAAAAUGUAAAGGCUGGCUUAAUGAGAUGAAAGAUCAUGUUUCUAUUGCCAUAACUUUUCAAAUGAAAUGUUGUUGUGUAAAGGGUUUUAUAAACCAGUGAGAAAUGUAAUACAAAAAACUAAUAACUGACUAAGUGUAAAUACUGUACAUCUGUAACAGACUC